CCUCGUCCUGGAGGCAUCAAGCAACAACAAGCCAGGCAGCGCAUCUCAUCUCACUCUAUCGCACUCCUUGUACUGAGCCGUUUCUGUACAAGAUCACGGCCAAGAUGUCGUCGACGGCCACCGUCACCGGCGCCAACCCCGAGAACAAGCUCGCCCUCGCCAAACGCUGCUCCAGAGAGGCGACGCUCGCCGGAGCAAAGGCGGCGGCCCUCGCCACGGUCGCGUCUGCGGCGGCAACGCUGGCGAGCGUGAGGAUGCUGCCGUGGGCCAAGGCGAACCUGAACCCCACCGGCCAGGCGCUCAUCAUCUGCACCGUCGCCGGGAUGGCCUACUUCGUCGCCGCCGACAAGACCAUCCUCUCGCUGGCGAGGAGGCACUCGUACGAGAGCGCCCCCGACCACCUCAAGGACACCUCCUUCCAUGGCGCCGCCCCUCGUCCACGUCCACCGCCACCGGCGUUCUUCAGCCCAUGAGCUAGUGUUCCUGCUAAUGUAUGCAUCGUCGUCAGUGUCCCAAGAAACUGCUGCGGAAUGAAUAAUUGAAUAUCUGUCGUCGAAAUUGAAACUACUACUUCUACUUAUGUUA